AAGAAUACUAUAGAGAAGAAACUCUUUAUUCAAAAGAUGAAAGCAUAUACGAAGUAAUGGAGACAUCUUUAAGUCAAGCUCUUGAAGCUUCAUUCCAACAAGAGGGACAAAAGAAAAAGGAUUAUCCUCUAAACGCAACUAGAACUAAUGCUAUGAUGAUAACAGAAAAAUGA